UUCCAUAUUAUUAAAUUUUUUUGAUGGCGCGAUAAUAUUGAGCAAGAAACUUCAAAUUACAGCUUGCGUCUUCAACUGUAGCUUUUACCAAUUAUUAACAAGAGGCGUCGGCGGCUUUAGUGGGUCUUCUUUUUUUUGCUUAUAAUAAGUCUGAUUAUCGCAAUUUAUUUUUGGUGAUUAGAAGAAGAAGCUCCUAAUUCAAUAAUCUGACCUCAUUGCUGUGUUGUGUUCGCUGUCCAUACAAUUUUUAUAUCUUUACAUUUCGUUCCUCUCUCUCUCUCUCUCUCUCUCUCUCUCUUCGCGUCUUGUUUCUCCAGCCUUGCAGAGAGAGAGAAAGCACGCAGGAACCAACUCCAUAUUCACUUAAUCUUUUCCCGUUAUAGUUUUCCAGUGCGGGCAUUGUUUUUUCUGGGAAUUUCCCUUGGAGUUUCAAGAUACGGAGAUUCGAUAUUAUUGACAGAUUUCACGCGCUAAACUGAUUCUUUCUACAUUCCGGAUUUUUUGUGAGAGAUCUGAUUAUUUUUGAAUUCUUUUCGGCAAUUCAGCCUCAAUUCAACGCAAUUGAGAGCCUUUCUCCGGCCGGAGUCUCGUCUCCGCCGAUCUUUCCCGAACACUCGAGAUUCCCGGGUUUGACUUUUUUUUUUCCUUUUUUCCCCAUUCGAGUUCAAACUAAAUCUUUGUCCCAUUUUACUUGGUGAUUUCCUGUAGUUAGUUACGGUUACUCACCCACUAAUUAGGAUUACGAAUUUGCGAUAUAUUCAGACGCGUGGAUGCUACGUUGUAUUGGUGUGAUGUUGAGAUUCAGAAAUUUGUGAAGCUUUCGCCUUUGUCUCGCGAGGGUUUCUCUUUUGUGAUGCGCGAGCCAAACCGUGUGGGAUCAACUCGCAGUCAAUGCUCUUUGUUUUUUGAUCUACUGAAUUCCAAAAAUUCUCGGGAUUUCAACCGUCUUUCCGCGGCUAAUUAAUAUCUCCUGGUUGCUGUGAUCGAAGAUGAUGCGGAUGAGGACUAAGAAUGAAACGUUACCGCCGGAUUUUAACGCCGGCAGAGGCGUGGACAAAGAGUGGGAGCUCAGGCCCGGCGGAAUGCUGGUCCAGAAGCGUACGGACGGCGACGAGAGGCGCGUGCCGCCUCCCACCAUUCGCGUCCGCGUCAAAUACGGUUCCAUUUAUCAUGAACUCCGUAUCAGCUCCCAAUCAACCUUUGGGGAGUUGAAGAAGAUGCUGUCAGGGCCAACGGGACUGCACCACCAGGAUCAGAAGCUGUUUUACAAGGAUAAAGAGAGGAAUUCGAGUGCGUAUCUAGACAGUGCCGGAGUGAAGGACAAGUCCAAAUUGGUGUUGGAAGAGGAUGCCAUUAGCAAGGAGAAACGCUUCCUAGAGAUGAGGAAGAAUGCUAAAAUGGAGAAGGCUGCAAAAACGCUAUCAGAUAUCAGCUUGGAGGUCGAUAGGCUGGCUGCGCAGGCGUCUGCUCUCGAAACUGUGAUUUCUAAAGGCGGGAAACUGGUGGAGAAGGAUAUACUGAACCUCAUUGAGCUGUUGAUGAAUCAAUUGCUCAAGUUGGACGGCGUCGUUGCUGAUGGUGAUGUCAAAUUACAGAGGAAAAUGCAGGUGAGAAGAAUACAGAAGCUUGUAGAGAAGCUUGAUCUGAUAAAGCUCAAGAAUUCAUCAAUGCCCAGCGGCACUGGAAACCAAGUUUCAUCGCAGCAGCAGAAGCCCUCGAAUGGUGAGGUGUCUUCUUCGCCUACUCACCAACAACCUCGGCAUUCCUUGGGGGAUUCAUUGAUCGACUGUGAUUCACCAAAGCAGCAUGAUGAACAUCAACCUGCAAGGCACUCGGGCUCCGCUACUUCUGUGGUGAUAACAACACAAUGGGAGACUUUUGAUUCUACCUCGAAUCCAUUUUUAGGCGGCCCUUCAACCUCCAGUACAACGGAAAAAAGCAGCAGCAUUCGUCCAGCUCAACCUAGUUUCAGUUGGAAUUUGCUUUGAGUUGGUAGUAAGAUCAACGCAACGCUGUGUCUGGUGUGGAUUUGUUUGGGUAUGGAUUAUCGAUUCUUUUGUGUAUUUAGAGCUCUUCCCAUAUGUGUUUCUCUUCAUCACAAAUAAAUGGGGCGGCCAUCAUCACCAUCAUCAUAUAUUAUUCUUUUCUGGCCGUCAUCCCCAUUGAGUUUGUUUAUAUUUUGUAAUGUUGGUGAUAUACAUGAUAUGUCUUACUACUUGUACGUGUAGUUUGCAUUUGGAAUUCACUAGUUUUUUUCCUGAUGAAACAGAACUUCAUUCGGAGUUGUAAAUUUUGUUUAAUA